UUGGAAAUGAAAUUCCUGUUUUGGAAUUCCAUGUAAACCGAAUAAACUCACCUGUAAUAUUCUUUAUUAUUUACGUACAUAUUCUCCGGCAGAGAUCGUCCUUUUCCCGGCGUACCACCGGAAUAUUCCAGCCAUGAAUUCUGAGUACGAUUAUCUUUUCAAACUUUUGCUUAUUGGCGAUUCUGGUGUUGGAAAAUCAUGUCUUCUCCUUAGAUUUGCUGACGAUUCAUAUUUGGAGAGUUACAUCAGCACAAUUGGAGUUGAUUUUAAAAUUCGCACUGUUGAGCAAGAUGGAAAGACGAUUAAGCUUCAAAUUUGGGAUACAGCAGGGCAGGAACGUUUCCGGACAAUCACUAGCAGCUACUAUCGUGGGGCGCAUGGAAUUAUAGUGGUUUAUGAUGUGACAGAUGAAGAUAGCUUCAAUAAUGUCAAACAGUGGCUGAGUGAAAUUGAUCGUUAUGCAAGUGAUAAUGUCAACAAGCUACUUGUUGGAAACAAAUCUGAUCUCACUAGUAAAAAAGUUGUGUCAUAUGAAAGAGCCAAGGCUUUUGCUGAUGAAAUUGGCAUCCCAUUCAUGGAAGCCAGUGCAAAAGAUGCUACAAAUGUGGAGCAGGCUUUCAUGGCUAUGACCGCAUCUAUUAAAGAUCGGAUGGCAAGCCAACCAGCAUUGAUUGGUACUAAGCCACGAACAGUUAACAUCCGCGGACAGCCCGUUGCACAGAACAGUGGCUGCUGCUCCUCAUAAGAAAAAAGUGAAUUUUAGUUGCCAUACAAGAUGGACAAUUGAUAGUAUGUAAGGGUAAUUGUCCUCUCUCCUUGCAGUAAAAUUUGCCAAAAUAUCUUGUUUCUUUUAGUGGUUCAAAAACUUUAGUUCUUUCACAAUUUAUCUGUAGAAAUAAAUAAUGGUAAGUAGUUGUGUUGUUUGUCAUGUUGCUAAUUGUUUAUAAGCAAUUAACUAAUUACAUAUAUAUAUAUAAGUGACUUGACAUGUA